UUGCUGGUCAUGGAGCUCCCCAUGAUCCCCACUUCCCCGCGCAGAGCGUCGGACUCCCCUGCCCGGACUAUCGUUUUUUGAAAGUUCAAAAACACUCUCUUUCUCUCUCUAAAAGUCUUAACGUUCCCACUCUUGGCUUCCCACGGCCCCAGCCGUCUUUAAUGCUCGCCGUCCGCCCCUUCUCUCUCUCUCUCUCUCUCUCUCUCUCUCUCUCUCUCUCUCUCUCUUUUAGAUUCCGUUACUAGGCCAGAGCGCGAGCCGAAAAUCUAGGGUUUCUUUUCGAACUUUCUUUGAUGGUUUCCUUGGAUCCUUUGCCUCGUCUUUUCGAGGCGCUCUUGAGCUGUGCUCCGUCGUUCUCGAUCUAGGUUUCUCUGCCUAUUACGGGUUCUUUGCUUUAUUUGAUGAUCGAUCAUGGAGAGGUUUCGUCAGAGGAGGUCGAAAGUUGCGGGCCACGGUGAUCGGAGCUCUGGCCGCGGACUUUUCUUCGCGGAUGCAGCUUCACGACAAGGAAACAGGCAGAUUCAAAAACAGAGAAGCCAGUUCAAAUUGGCGCCUGAUUGUAGUUCUUAUCCUAAUGGAUUCACAGAAGACAAUCUGCUAAAUUUUGAGAUGGGCCAUAGCAAGACAGAUCGACUGACUGGAACUCCUAUGAAGAAGUUAUUAGCUGAAGAGAUGUUAAAAGAAACUGAAUCCAAAAGACGGCCGCCAAGCAUCAUUGCCAGAUUGAUGGGUCUGGAUGGGCUUCCUCCUCAACAAGCUACUCAAAAACAGCAUAAACGGUUCCCUGAAAAAUUCCAGCAGAGGACAGCAUCAACAGGAUCUCAAAGGAAUUGUGUAUCCUAUGACGGGAGCCAUCAGAGGAAGAGCUCAAAGGAGCAGCAGGAAUUUAAGGAUGUGUUUGAAGUUGUGGAAACCCCAAGGGCGGAUAGCAGCAGUGUCCUGUUGCAUGAGACGGAAAGUUCAAAGUGUGCUGAAGCAAAAAUGGAAUUCAUUCGGCAGAAGUUCAUGGAUGCAAAACGUUUUUCAACUGAUGAAAAGCUUCAGGAUUCGGAGGAAUUCUAUGAUGCACUCAAAGUUCUUGAAUCCAACAAGGACCUUUUGCUAAAAUUUCUCCAGGAACCUGAUUCCUUGUUCACAAAGCAUCUGCACGACAUGAAAGGCAGUCCUCCACAAUCUCAUUGCAAUCACUUACCUGUUAUAAGAUCUGCAAAUGCCCGAAAGUUUGAAAAAAAUCUCAAAGGGUCAAAAUCAGUGAGAGAAACUUCAUGCAAGAGUGAUACUAGCUCUCCUCAGAGAUAUCAUGAUGUUCGUUCUCUCAAGUUUAGAGAUCAAAUAGGAGGGAAGGAUAAGAUAGACGUCCAACCCACAAAGAUUGUUGUUUUGAAACCAAAUGUUGGAAAGACCCAGGAUGCUGGUAAGUUUGUUUCAUCACCUCAUUCAUCUCAGGCUUCUCUUUCAGAUUAUAGGAACCACGUGGAAUUUCCGAUUAUCAGACAUGGGGAGGCAGAAUCACCAGGAAGGGAGAAGUUAUGUAGUGAUAUGGCGCCUUCAAGAUAUAAGUGUGGAGAGUCUAGAGAAAUUGCUCGGGAAAUAGCAAGGCGAAUGAGAAAUGGUUUCAAUAGUGGUUCCAUCAAUUUGUCACCUUCCUAUAUUAGGGGAUAUGCUGGGGAUGAGAGUUCAUGUAGCAUGUCUGAAAGUGAUUCUGCUAAUGAAUCGGAGGUGGCAACUUUUACUCCUAGAAGCUCCUUUGACUGCAACAAUUUUUAUCUGCCUUCUCCAUCCUAUUCAAUUGAGUCAUCUGUCAACAGGGAGGCCAAGAAGAGACUCUCGGAGAGGUGGAAGAUAACUCAAAGGUUUCAAGAGGGGAGAGUGGCUAGUUCAGGUAGCACUCUUGGGGAAAUGCUUGCUAUCCCUGAUAGGGAAACGCAUCCAGCAAACUUGGAUGCAAUGGAUGAUCUGGUAGAUUCCUAUAGAAAUGAUAAAACUGCAGGGCGGAUUGAUCCCUUGGGCAUCAGCAGUAGGGAUGGGUGGAAGGAUGGGUGCGUUAGUGAUUUGCCAAGAUCAAGGUCUCUACCUGCAUCCUCUGCUGCCUUUGGAAGUCCUAAAGCAAGCAUGCGAAGGGAAGCUGUUGGUAAUGGCAGGUAUAUGAUGCCAAAAGAGGCCAUAAAUAAGUUCAGAAACAAUGAAGAUCCAAGGAAUUUCAAUCAGAAGGAAAGUUUAUAUGGUAGGAACACAAGAUCUGGUAAUAAGAAAUCUCGAUCUCCUUGCCGUACAAAUAGAGAAAGCAGUGGCAUUUUACUAGAUAUGUACUUCGCCCAGAAUCAAUUAAGGAGCAAUUUUGACGACAAGGAUUCUUCUAAUCCAAAGCAAAUGAUUUCUGAGACAUCAGGAAGCAUUUUCUCUGAUACAAAUUCAGUUCUUGAUCAAGUGGCAGAUGCAGGACAUGAGAAUGUGACCAUGUCUUUUGAGUUUCCAGAUAACUUGCUUCAAGAAGCAUCUGAUUGUAUGUUAGUGAGAGUCGAUUCCUCCAGUCAUGAUCAUGACAGUUCAGCUCCAAAGGAGCAAUCAAUUAGACCAUCCGACGAAGUUUCAGUUCCCAUGGGCUGUCCUGUACCUGAAGCAGCAUCUCCAGCAAGCACUAAGGAGAUUGAUCAGCCUAGUCCAGUUUCUGUUCUGGAAGCUCCUUUUAUGGAAGAUCCAUCCUCUGGUUCAGAAUGCUUUGAAAGAGUUAAUGCUGAUCUCCAUGGGCUUCGAAUGCAGCUUCAGCUUCUCAAGUUGGAGUCCGAGACAUAUGUGGAGGGACCCAUGCUUAUUUCAAGCGAUGAAGAUGUCGGAGGAGAAUCUGUCGAAGGGAGGCGAAUAUUUAGAGCCCAAGAGAGCCUGGAAUCUUCCUAUCUUGUUGACGUUUUAAGCCAUUGCAGUUUUGAUGGUACAGAUCCGGAAUCGAUCGUGGCAGCAUGGCACUCCCCAGAGUACCCCAUUGGACCGCUUGUAUUUGAAAAACUCGAGAAGAGGUUCUGUGAUAAGAGCAUUUGGAUGCGGUCUGAAAGGAAGCUACUGUUUGAUCGCAUAAAUUCUGGACUAGCUGAGAUCUUACAGGAGUCCUUGGAUUCACACCCUUGGGUAAAGCCAGUGACGAGAAGGGUUGGUCCUAGGUGGGCCAAAGGUGAACUUAAAGAUGAGCUGAGCAAGCGGCUGGGAAGCCAGGGGAAGAAAGCGAAGGGGGACACUGCUGAGAAGGUGCCGGUGAAUCAAUCGGAGUGGCUGAAUUUACGAGAUGACAUCGAUGUAAUUGGUAGGGAAGUUGAGAGAUUGUUAAUAGAUGAGUUAGUCUCAGAGAUUGUGACGGUGUGGUGAUUUUGAACCACAAGCUGUUUCUGGUCUAGGCUGUGUUACACAUACGGAAUUUAAUUGAUGGAAUGAUUAAUUCAGAAGGUAAAUAAAA